AUGAUAGCGAUCCGAGCCAUCGAGACUUUUGUUUUGCUGUUUCCCAAUGAUGAGUGGAGUAGUCGGAAUCCCGAGUCCGUCGUGUCACGACUACGGCCCAACAUCUCGUUUGCGCAACGGGCCGAGAAGAACCUCGAGACCCUAUCGACGCGCGACGCGGACCUGGACGGAAAAAUUAGUGGAUUUCUCUACGUGCCCGACCUCAAGCAGGACGAUGCGUGUUUCAACGUCUCGAAAGAAUACGUCCCGGCAAACGUUACCCGGCAAGCAAACCUCGCUCCGACCGAUUACACGCUCGUCGCCCUGGCCCCGUGGAUCAGCGUGGAAUGUACAUUGUCAUACAUGCGGGCAGCCCGUUCGGAUCCCGUACGGGCCCUGAUAUUCUACCAAGCAAACAAUGUCACAGAUCCAACUACACCGCCUUCCGGCUCAUCCGCAUGGGAUCUUCGGGAUGGAGGAGCCUGGAGAACCAAGCAUCAAUUCCCGGUGUAUGCCGUUCCCGGUGUUCUGGGCUCUACUUUGAUGCGCCAACUCAGUCUGUACUCGGGAAAUAUGACUGAAGUACCCUACGGACACCAACUCACAGAAGUGCCUGGUGUUGAUCCCAGGGACUAUGUCAGGCUCUAUACCCAGAUUAGACUCGGCAACAAGACAAUUCUCCCGAGACUCUGGGUCUACUUCCUAGUGAUCUCGGCUGUUCUGAUGAUCUGUCUCGGCGGGAUUUCGGCUGUCAUGCAUGUUGUGCAACGAGCCCGCCGGAAGUCCCUUCAUCGACGGGUAGUAAACGGGGAAGUAGACCUCGAGGCUCUUGGCAUCAAGCGGCUCAAGAUUCCGCUGUCGGAGAUCGAACGUCUGCCACUGUUCAUCUAUACUUCUGAAGACGAGGCCUCGCCUCCGAUGUCCCCACAGAAAGCAGAGACAGUGUUUACCACCAUUGAGCGACACGACCUUGCAGAUGGAUGUUCCACGAGUCCCGGGUCGGAAUAUCAAGUUCGCUACGCCCUCUCCACAUCUAAUGAUUCCACGAUACCAGAGCUUGUUCCGAUUGAUGACAGCACCCCCUAUGUCCCGGCUGUCGUUGCCCAUACGUUUCUUCCGUACAUCCAGCCUACGUGUGAAAUAUGCCUAGAAGACUUUGAGUCGGGCAUCUCGGAGAUCCGAGAGCUCCCCUGCGGGCACAUCUUCCACCCGGAAUGUAUCGAUACAUUCUUAUCCUGCAGUAGUUCUCUGUGCCCGAUCUGCAAAAAAAGUGCACUGCCUCUCGGGUGCUGUCCGACUAGAAUUACCAAUGCUAUGGUUCGACGAGAACGUAAUCUUCGGAAAGUACGAUCUCGUAUCAAAGAAGGCAAAGAUGAUGAGGACCUCGAGGCGUACGGUACAAGAAGGCGAGUCCAAGACAUCACAGCUACCAUCAGGAGGAAUCUUGGGAGCGCGCCGUCUGUCCGACGAGCAAGACCGCCCUUACCUGAUCAGCCACAGCCAGUUUUUGUUGCAAAUCAUGAACCAUCGGGCUGUGGGCAAUAUGACACUCUGGGCAAAGCGCUGUCCAGGGAAGAGCUGGUUGGUUACAGAAUUCGCGAGUUGGAGGCUGCGCAAGUUCCUUUACGAGAUCCCGAUCUCGUGCGUGAACGACAGCCACCGAGGGCUGAAUACUUUAUCCAAUGCGUUCCCUGGAUUCUGAUGCCGAUGGGAUUUGUGUUGUUUUGA